AUGCGUGGAUCCAGCAAAACAUACAAGGUCCUACAUGAUGCACUGUGUCAUCCAUUGGUUAAUCGCAGAGAUUUAGGUGAGGGACUUUUGGCAAUUUCGAAUUUGCUCCAAUUUAUCCCUGGUAAUAUAUCACUAAUCUUGAAAUUCAAUAACAAUACAAUUACAUACAAGUAUAGUGCCUAACUUCUCAGACACCAUGCUUUUUGGCCACUGUAUCUUUUAUGUACGUUAUCGACAGCGCCUCGAAACUGGAAAAGUGUCUCUUCAUUCGUUGGUCACCAAAUCAAAGCGAAGGAAAAUAAUUUGAUGCAUUUGUAUAUUUUCAUAUUGUUUCCUGGUAGUGCAAAAUUCAGUAAAGCAACUUAUCUUUUGAAAGGUUUCUCAGUUUUGUCGUAGUCUAGUUCACUCACUUCUUAGCUGGAUUUUUAUAUGGUUUUCGGAGGAGUGUGCUCUGGAGUGGGAUUGUGGAAAACACUCCUCCGAAAUCCAUAUAAAAAUUCAGCUUAGCAGUUAAGGUCCCAAGGAAUAUUACGGAGAAAUAUCUUCUCGAGGUCUUUGUAACAAUAGGCUUAUCACAGUUGCUACAUGAGACUGCACACUGAACAUUAAUUCUGUAUGUGUUUCAGGUUUUCGAGGGAGCAAAUUAACUGGUUUUAUCUUUUAACUCUUUCGAACAGUCACAGGUUUAACCAUCUUCUCGCCUCCGAGUGACACUUCAACCCCAAAGAAAAGAAUGCCUCGUCUCGACGGUGAGAUAAUGACAUAUCCAUUAACUUGCACGUUGACCCUCACCCCCCCCCACCCCAUCUUCUUUUGCCUUGCCUUUGUAAAAUAAAAAUGCGUGGAUCCAGCAAAAUGGCAUGAAUAGUUGCGAUACGUACAACUCGCUAUCCCCUCAUCUUGAUGCUUUGCUGUGAUGUCUUUAUGUUUUUAGUCAACCAAGGAGUUCCCAGUGACGAAGAAUUAGAGUGGCUUUCGCACCAACUCGAAGAUUGGGAGGAACUCGGGCGUCGUCUCAAAAUUGAAGAAGCAACAUUAAGGGCCAUUGACGAUGACUAUAGGAGCAAGUGUCAAAAAAUCCACAAAAUGUUACGACAUUGGAAAGCGAAGGAUGGCUCAACUGCAACAUACAUGGUCCUACAUGAUGCACUCUGUCAUCAGUUUGUUAAUCGCACAGAUUUAGCUGAGAGACUUUUGGCA